AUGAUCCAGACUGUGCUGCUCUGCUGUGUCUUUGUGUCCCCAGUGGCUGCCUUUCUAAGAAAUGCCCAGAAAAAGGCCCCAACCUCCCAGCUGUCUUUCACAGAAACUGGGCAUCCUCGGAACAUGCUCUCCAACCAGAGCCCUCUCCCAGGUUCCAAGACUUGCCAGGAUAUCUUGGGCAUAGCCCCUUCCUUAAUCCCUCUGCCUGAGUAUCUAUCCAGUUUAGCUCUGGAGGUGGCCCUGAAGGAGGCUGGCUGCCCAGCUGACGCCCACGUUCUGCAGGUGCAGCUUGUUAGGGUGGAAGGCAAUGACACCACUGAAACCAUGAGAGUGAAAAGCUCAAACUUCAAGUAUGAGUUUCGGGAACAUGAGUUAGGCAAAAAGCUGAAGGAACCCCCAAUGUACUCUGAUCCAGACAUGGGUGGCCUCAGACUCAUCAUGAUACCAUUUGAGCUGCUUCUUUGUUGCUCCAUCCUGCUGCACCCCGUGGAUACCAUUUCAUAUGAAAACCAGACAAAUGUCCUGAUGCACCUUCCCUCAUCCUCGGAAUCCUGGCCACCCUCCUCAGGCCCCUUGCCUUGCCAGACCCUGCUCCCAAAGUCCCUGCCUGGCUUUACCCAUAUGGCCCCUCUACCCAAGUUUUUGGUAGGCCUGUCACUGAUGAUUGCCCUGAAGGAAGCUGGCUGCCAUGCUGAUGUACAGGCCUUGCAAUUUCAGCUCUACCGCCAGGGGGGUAUAAAUGCUACACAGAUCCUCACCCGACAUCUUCAAGGGCUGGAGAAAGGCAGAACACAGAGGGGUGUAUCAGUGGAUGCCCUAGUCUCUGCUCUGCAGCUGUUGGCCAGGGAACAGCUGGGCCCAGAAAGGGCCCGACGCUCCCUCACCAUCAAGGACUGUGAGAAUAAACAGGAGGAGAGUGUGCAUGGUAUAGUACGGUUGUUGCCAGCAGUGGGAACCUACUACAACCUGGGCACAGCUUUGUUUUAUGCUACUCAGAACUGCUUGGACAAGGCCAAGGAACGAGGCCAAGAUGGGGUCAUAGAUCUGGGUUAUGACCUCCUAAUGACCAUGGCUGGACUGUCAGGGGGGCCCAUGGGACUAACGAUCAGCACUGCGCUUAAACCUGCUGUGAAGGCUGGGGUUGAACAGUUGAUCCGGUAUUACCAUGAGAAAGAGGCAAACAGCUCUCCUCCAGAGACUAGCAAAGAGGGCUUGGGCAGCACCCUAAGUGUGAGUGACGUGACAGAAACAACUACCAUGGCCCCUAUGGUGUCAGCUCCUUACUGGUGGUGGCCCUUAUUCAAGAACUAUGACUUAGAUCCUCGGAAUGAGAGUUUUGCAAUAUAA